GCCAGCCCUUGCCUAGGAGGUCGCAAUGGUCGAUCCCGCCAUUACCAUCAACCCCUCCACAGUACCAAGAGAAGAUGUGGGACAGGAAUCACCCCUUCCGACCUCGAAUACUCCAAUACCUGGCACUUACCACUUAAAGACGUUUCUUGAAGAAUCCCUAUUAAACCCAGUGAAAGCAACCUACAAUUUUAAGAAUGAAGGAAGGAAAAGGAUACCGCUUGUGCAGAGAAACGACCCGGUCCCAACUGACCUCCCGCAGUACAAGCCUCCUGACUUCCUGGAGCUGUUGAAGAACCAGAUGGCCUCGUAUUCAUUCAAAGACAAGCCCCGGCCAAACCCCAGCACACUGGUUGACAAAGACGAGUCACUCCAGCUUUGCCCAGGACAGUAUGAGAUACUUCCUGCACCAGUCCCCAAGAAUACGUCCAGGAGUUUCGUAUUUCGUUCUGCGGUGCAAAGAUUCCCACCAAACUAUUUCACACCUCAUGAAGGCCCUGGACCUGGUGACUAUAACUUGAAGCCACCUGUGACAAGCUCUGUUACUUCUUGUUUUCGAUCUAAAGUUCCCCGAUUCUUGCCUGUCACUUCAAAAACACCGGGUCCAGGAGCAUACACAGCUUCGAGACAGUACCCCAAGCAGUCCCCAACCGUCGCCAGAAUGGGUAGAGAACAUAGCCUCUUUUUCAAUAAUACAAUUGGCUUUUAAAAUAAAUUAAUAUUGGUGCC